GAACAUUUUAGUAAACAACGGAGAUACAAUUAUGAAUUUUAGCGACGAUCCCUUGGCUGAUCUACUCAGUGAUAAUAGCUUGGAUAAUGACAAUUUCUUCGACGCGCCAGCCGGUGGCGCCGUAGCAAAAAAAUUGCCAAAAUCCAGCAAAGCCAAAGGGAAACUCGAAGAUUUAUUCGGAAUAAAAGAGGAGAGCGAAUCAGAUGCUCAGAAUUCUGCAGCUGCAGCAGCUGCUAAACAGGGCAGUGCUAAAUCAACAACAACAAGCACACCGCGCAUUGUCAAACAGAAGCCUUCAAUCUCCAUGGAUGAUGCCGACGAUGAUGAGUUGGGAUUUGAUCCCAAGCGUCCAAAGAGCGGCGGAACAGCACGAAAAAGUCUCUUUGACGAUUUACUGGGCGCUGCAGAACCUAAGCGAAACAUUUUUGAUGACAUUGUAAGCAACAGCGAUUCGGCAAAUAAACGUCCAGCUACGGCAAAGCCCUCAAUGUCCCGCCAGUCGACGGAUACCACGACAGACAACUCCAACAUGCAUUCACAGGCGCGUCCCAAAACAGCAGCAAGUGCUGGUAGACGCAGCUCUGGAACUGUGCAGUCUUCCAUUCUGAAUGCCGAUCCCCUGGGUCUCUUUGGCAAAGAGACGAAUACCAAUGUUUCGGGUAUGUCUACUCCCGUGUCCAAAAAGCGCGGCACGGCUGACUGGCUGGGGUUGAGUUCCGACAAUGCAGAAGCGUCUCCGGCUGCCGAGGAGGAGCUGGAACGCGCUGCCUCCCCACCCACGCCAAAAUCCCCAAAAGAAACCACAACAACUCCAAAGAAUAGCACAGAGAUACUGCGCCUUCCGGACUCGGACGAGCCAAAGCUGGAGGCGAAACAGCCUAGCGUUGUACCCUCUGUGGAUAGCACAGCUCAUACUAUCCUAAUGCUAAACUCCUUAAACUUGGAGAGCAGUCACAGCUACACCGCUCUGCAGCAGCAGGAGACUCAGCUGACGAUUGCAGCCCAAAUGAAGAGCCAGGAGCGCGCCCUGGUGGAGAUGCAGCAGAAGCAAGAGACACAGGAUCGCAAAUUUCAAGCGCUGCUGCAGCAGCAGCUGCAGCGCCAACUGCAAAUGGAGGAGCAUAUCAAGGCCCAGCAGGAGCGCAUCAAUAUGCACCUUCAACUGAUGAUGAGCCAGCCCAUCGUGGCACAAGCCACAACCACCGAUACCCAAACAACUCCCACUCAAAGCGAAAAGGUUUCAGCUGUUUCUGUGGCAGCCAAGGAUGAGAGCAAGGAGAAGAUGCUUCAGCUAGAAACGGAUGUCAAGCGACAUUUGCUGGAGAAGCAGCGACUGGAGGAGUUGGUAGCUAACAUGCGAGUUAACUACGAGCAGGAAAUCGAACUGAUCGAGAGCUCUUACAAAAAACAACUCAAGGUGUUGGAGCAGCACUUGACUGCAGUGGAGGAGCGUCUGAAGGUGGAGAACUCCGAGAUGAAGGAGUACUACACAGAUAAGCUGGAGAAACUCAAGAGCGACUACGAACUGCAAAUCUCCAGCUUGAAACAGGACCACGAGGACGACUUGCGCGCGCUGCGUAGCUCGCACGAUGCGGACAUGGAGCGCAUAAGGCAAGCCAAGUUACUGGAGCAGGCGACGGUGCGAGACCAUGGCAGCUACUUGGAAACGUUGCGCAUGGCGUCCAAUGAUCUGCAAGAGCUGCGCGAAGGCCUGAGCACAACAAAGGAACGAGAGCAGCAACUGGAAUUGAGAGAGCGGCGUUUGGCAGAUGCGGAGCGUCGCUUAAAGAUCGACGAGGAAGGCGCCGACCAGGAGAAGCGACGCCUCAUGGAGCUAGUGAGCACAUUGGAAUUGCAGCUGGAACGGCUCUCCAAGGACACAGCUGAAGAGAAUUGGCAGUUGCGUCAGCGCAUGGCCAGCAUAGACUCGGAGAAGAAGGCAUUCGAGCGGGAGAAGCAGUUCCAUCGUGAGCAAAUGGAACGCGACGAGAAGCGAGUGGAGGAGCUCAAAGCGCUGCAGCUAGCCGAAAUUGAGCGCAUGCACCUGGAUGUACAGCAGGAGCGCAAUCGCCUGUUAGUGGAGCAGCAGAAGCUCGAGAUGCAGCACAAGCUGCAUGAACAGAGCGACUUGGAUAAGGAACGAUUGGAGGUGGAGGCGCAGCUGCAGGUGGCGCGGGAUGCCAUCAAGAAAGCCGAUGAGCAGCGGGAGCGCUGCCACAGACAACAGCGCGAGUUGGAGCAACGCAAGCGAGUGCUGCUCGAAAAGGAAAAUGCACUCAACCUCAAGGAGGAUGAGCUGGUGCAGACCUCGAGCACCUAUCGCGUGGCCAUUAAGCGUCUGCAGACGGCCGAGCAGAAGGCUCGGGAGGCCGAGCAACUGCUGCAUGCCAAGCUGCAGCUGCUGGGCAAACGCGCCCAAGAGCUGAGCGAGAAGGAGGCACAGAUCUCACAGGAGCGCAUGCUACUCACUCAAGAUCGCAUUGCCUUGCAUAAAAUGAAGCAAAAGAUUGGCCAAAGCAAAUGCGCGCUCUGCAAGAUGGGCGUUGAGAGCGUGGAGUUCAAUCAACGCAUGGCCGCCCAUGGCCAAGGCCAUGACAUAGGAAGAGCCGAGACGUCUACGCUAGAGGCAGAGGCUCAUUCUCAGUCCAGAUCUCAUAUGGAGAAUCAAACGGCAAUUUCGGCGGGUGAUAUUGUAGACCGCAUGCUGGACGAAAACAUUGAAGCCUCUUAUCGUAGAAUGUAUAAUUUGUCGGAAAAUGGAGAGCUGGAUUUUUUGACAACUCUUGGACUUGAUGAUGACUCGAAAAAGUUGGCUUUAGACAAUGGAAAUGCCUUGGACAUCGAAGAAUUAAUGUUAGCCAAUCUGAAUACGCGAUAGAUUAAUUUAAAAGUAACAAUAUUUGAAUUUGUCGAUAUUUUGAAAUAA